AUGGCUGCCAGCGACAACAACAGGGCGGAGACGGUGGAGAGGUCGUUCCUUGAAGCAGCGGAGAGAUGGGGAUGGCCUCAAUGGGUCAGGGUGGAUUACGGAAAGGAGAACAACGGGAUCUGGGAACAAAUGGUCGCUAUUCGUCAUACUGUGAAGGCUCCCUUCAUCCGUGGAAAGUCUACGAGUAACACCCCCAUCGAGCGGCACUGGAAGACUAUAGGCGAACGCUUUACCCAGAAGUAUGCCCGGACCUUUGCACAACUGGAAGAACAACACGAUCUUGAUGUUGACGAGCCAGUCGAUAUCUUCUGCCUGCACUAUUGCUUCCUUCCUCUUAUCAACUGGACAAUCUCCACCCAUAUCGUUGCCCACAACAGCCACGGCAGCACAACCAAGGGUGAACGAGGGUGGAGUCCCUACAAGAAGUGGCUGGACGGGAAUCUCAAAGCUCAAGCGAGGGGGAUGGACCUUGACCUUUUCCCCAACGACGCAGUCAUUGACGACGAAGGUGUGAUCGACGAAUGUUUGUCGGGUGAUGAAGAAGACGUAGAGCCAGGUCGGCCUACUACGAAAGUGACAACUUGGCCUUCGGAACAACAACGGGAGGACCAGAACCGACCGGCGCAAGAUACAGACCCUUAUGUGCAAGUUGAGCGAUAUCACGAGAUGUUACCCCCUCUACUACAGGACGAGGGGUUCCGAAAGGCCUUGGCGGAAGCGUUUCCCAUACAAACAUCGCACGAACUUGAUGAGGGUGAAGAUGGGUUGUUUGACACCUUACGCUACCUUGCUGUUCGACAGUGGGUGUAUGAUUCUGAUUGA